CCAUAUUUUUAUUUCGCUUUCUCAAUCUGAAAAGUGAGAGUUGACACUGUAAACAACAAACAACAUUUCUGAGAUUUCGCCGGACUUACGGAGAGAGAGCGAUCCAACGGUUGAGAUGUUUCUACGGGCAAUCGGACGGCCAUUAUUGGCUAAAGUGAAGCAGACGACGGGGAUCGUCGGGCUUGACGUUGUUCCCAACGCGAGAGCGGUGUUGAUCGAUCUCUAUAGCAAAACCCUAAAGGAGAUCCAAGCCGUGCCGGAGGAUGAAGGAUACCGUAAAUCGGUUGAAUCAUUCACGCGCCACCGUCUCAAUGUGUGCAAGGAAGAAGAAGAUUGGGAGGUGAUUGAGAAGCGGCUUGGUUGCGGUCAAGUCGAAGAGCUUAUCGAAGAGGCUCGCGAUGAGCUCACACUCAUUGGGAAAAUGAUUGAGUGGGACCCUUGGGGUGUUCCAGAUGACUACGAGUGUGAAGUAAUUGAGAAUGAUGCGCCGAUUCCAAAGCACGUUCCUCAGCACCGACCUGGUCCUCUUCCUGAAGAGUUCUACAAAACGCUUGAAGGUCUACUUGCAGAGUCUAAAACAGAGAUCCCGGCUGCUAGCUCCAGCGAUCCGCAGUUGAAGGAGUAACUUCCAGUUUUACAUAUUGUGUGCUUGUUGCUUUUUUGGGCUAGAGUUGUUUCUGAGUCAGUGGUCAGCCUCUGAAUAAAAUGCUUAAUAAUUUUCAAAACAUAACAAUGUCGUUUCACAAAUGUUUUAUCAUUCUUAUUAAAAAACCUAUGAUAUUACAAAUGAUGUUUCUUCCCUUUUGCAAGAACAUACGCCAUUCUUAAA